AUAUAAUACUAAGAUGAACUAGACGACGGUCCAUAGCUGCAGUGGUGUGGGGCGGCACCUCUUUUUAGAGAGACAGCCCUGAUGGAAACUUGAUGAUGGUACAAUGCAAAUACCCCUUUGUCGCGGCGGGCGAUGUUUUUAUAGACAUAAUUAUGUAAAAAUACGAGCCACAAAUAGAAAGGUUGACAGUUUUCAGGAACAGAUGAACAAAGGUCUAGAGUACAGCACAAGCCAGGGGUCCAUUCUGGCUGACCGGGGUCCACGAAAUAUGGUACCAGUCCACAACUACCCUUCCGGUGUUGGAAAAAGUCACGUGUGGAGAGGAGCCGCUUACUACGUUCCCAGUGAAAACAGAUGGAUACAGCAGGACCAGUAUAGGUCACUACCCCGGGAGGCGAGGAGAGACGCUAUAUACUUCGAAUCUGAGGAUGACUGGGUGGCUUGGAAAAUAAAGAACGAUAAACCCAGAGGCCCUUCGGGAAUAACAAUGUCCGGAUACCCACGUGAUUUUACCGGUGUACCAGUACCAACACUACUUCCGUCUCAAGUUUGUGCUAUAAAUAGACGUUGGUCUGGUGCUGGCUACUUUGCUCCCUCUUCCAACCGCUGGUUCCACGAUACCGACAGUCCAGGAAUACCGAAGGAAUCUUUGCAUUUCUAUAACGAAGAAGACUGGAUAAAAUUCAAGUACAUGUGCGAGAACCCUGCAAUUCGAAAGUAACGGAGUGCAUUUUUUUAAAAUACUGUAAUAGCUAGAUGCUUGUACGUUUUUUGUUUGAUAUAAACUGUCACCGUGUACUCGUAAAUUUUUUCGUGUUUUACAGACUUUGUUUCAAAUAUUUGACAUAUUGUCAAUACUAAAGACAACUCGUAAUAUACUGACAAAAGGACUCUUGAAAAUCUGUCGUUUCUGCAUAUGGUAAUAUUUUUCCGGGAUGUAAUACACAUUCCUUAGUUUUAUCAUACAUAGUGUUUUACACGUUAACUUGCAAAGGGUUCUGUUUAUUUCUCAAUAUGUGUAUACCUGAUAGUAUUAUGAAAAACGUCUUCACGAUUUAGCAUUAAUGUAUCUUUUUAUUUUAAUGAUUGCAGCAGUAUUAUUCAUGUAUAGUUCAUUCCGGGAACAUCGUUCAACAAAAAUCGUGUGUGUACGUGUAUGUUCUUAGUGUUCAUUUAAGCUUCAGUGCACUGACCGCGUACUUACGGUUUAAAAAUCUGAAAGCUAUCAUAUACUGUCACCAGAUGUAUUCUUGUUAAGUUACUUGAUUGUUAUCUUUAAUUUAUCUUUUGAGUAUUUCAUUUCUGGUCAUAUCUCUCACAUUUUUUCCUGUAUAAAUAUAACCUACAAUAAUUAAAUGGGUGCGUGCUGGUUUCAAAUAAUUUAAUAGUAAAUAUAUAACAUUAUUUUCUUGUUGUGAAACACGUUUUACUGUUACCAAUAAAAUUGCUUCUUAAAAUAUA